ACUUUUAUUUUUAUUUAUUAUUUAUUAUUUAUUUAUUAUUAUUACAUAAUAUUAAAAAAAAAAAAUUUCCUUCUUUCAAGUAUUUUAGAAUAUCUUUGCAGACUUGGUCUCUCUUAAGACAAUUUCCUCAGAGAAUUGCUCUUCCUGUGACAAAUGUCACAGCCUAAAAGCUCCUUCCCUGUCCCCUCCUAUUUUGUUCCUUUCUCUUUGGUGCUCUUUGUCCUCUCCUCUUGACUAUAACCUUGGAUUGUCUACCAUUUUAUCUCCCUUUCUUUUUUCUUUUUCCCUCUUCAAAACCAUAUAAAUAAAAGCUACCAUUUCAUGGUUUUCAACAACCUGCUUCUGUUUUUAAACCCUUACUCAAGGCAUAACAAUGGUGGACUAUAACCCACCUCUUCUUCGCCAAUAUGCAACCCUUUUGCACCACCCUUCUUCAAACCCUGCACUAAACUCCAAUGAAUGUUGUACUAGAGUGGUAAUGGAAGAAUGCCAACUUCCAUUGAUAGACCUUAAUGGCUUAAAAAGUCAUGAUGAAAAGGAGAGGGUAAGAUGUGCUAUGGCCAUUUUUAAAGCUUCAUCUGAAUGGGGUUUCUUCCAAGUAGUGAAUCAUGGUAUAAGCCCUGAGCUAGUUAAGAAGAUGAGGAGUGAGCAAUUGAAGUUGUUUCAAACACCCUUUGAACUCAAAGCUACUUGUAGGCUUUUGAAUGAUUCUUACAGAUGGGGGACACCAACAGCAACUCAGACGAACCAGUUAUCGUGGUCCGAAGCUUUCCACAUUCCUCUCACCAAGAUUUCAGAAGAAAGUUGCUAUGGACAGUCUAGUUCUCUAAGGGAGGUGAUGCGAGAAUUUGCAGCAGCUAUGUCAAAACUAGCUAGAUUGCUUGCCGGAGUUCUGGCGGAAAAUUUGGGCAACCGGAGAGAAGUUAUACAGGAUAUCUGUGAUGAAAGUGCGUGCUUUCUUCGAUUGAAUCACUACCCUGCUUGUCCAGUAUCCUCGGAGUUAUUCGGUUUGGUUCCUCACACUGACAGUGGUUUUCUCACAAUUCUUUGUCAAGAUCAAGUUGGUGGACUUCAGCUGAUGAAAGAUUACAAGUGGGUGGCUGUAAAACCCAAUCAAGAAGCUCUUAUAGUCAAUAUUGGAGAUCUCUUUCAGGCAUGGAGCAAUGAUGUGUACAAAAGUGUGGAACACAGAGUGAUGGCUGGUAAGAUGGAGAGAUAUUCGAUAGCAUAUUUCCUAUGCCCUUCUUAUGAUUCUUUAGUUGGAAGCUGCAAAGAACCUUCUAUCUACAGACAAUUCACUUUUGGAGAAUACAGGAAACAAGUUCGAGAAGAUGUCAGUAAAAUGGGCCAUAAAGUAGGCCUUUCUAGAUUUGUUCUUUAGGAUGAAUGUAAUACUGUUGUAAGACAUACAUAAACUUCAGACUCAGAAAAGCAAAACAUGAGAGUCAAUAAUAUAAUAGCAAAACAUGAUUUAUACUAAAGCAAAUUACUUAUAUAUAUAUAUAUAUAAAAUACAAUAGCAAAACAUGAUUUAUACUAAAGCAAAUUACAUAUAUAUAUAUAUAUAUAUAUAUAAACUGUGUUCAUGCAAAAGAUUU